AUGAAUGGGUAUAAAGGUGGGUUGAAGACGAUUGAGGAACUGACCACAAAUGCUGAGCAAAUUCAAGACGAGCUAUUUAAGAAAAAUGUUCCCAUAGUUACUUAUGAAGUUCUCAAGCCUUACAUAGAUAGGAUUGCUAAUGGGGAGACAUCAGAUAUCCUUUUAGCUGAACCUGUUCCAGGGUUCUAUCUAAGCUUUGGGACUUCAGGUGGGCUACCAAAGUUGAUGCCUGUCACUGCUGAAUUUGCUAAUAAGUGGGAAUUAUUUCGUGGCUUGUACGAGUCUUCUGUGAUAAAGUAA